AUGCUAUAUGAAAUUGGGAUGGGUGCUGGAGCAAAAGGCGAGAGUGGUGCUUCUCAAUCUAUUGAAGGCGAUACUGGUGUUGUAGUUGAUGGAAUUGCAAAUUAUGGACCUGGUUUCAAACCCCCUCCUAUGCAUGAAUUGAGGACUUGGAUUCUUAAAACAGAAGUAGAGGAUAUAAAUGUCAUGAUGGAGGAACAUAAGAAAGCAUGGAAACAAUAUGGAUGCUCAAUUAUGUUUGAUGGUUGGACAGAUGGGAAAAGUAGAGUUCUUAUUAAUUUUCUUGUGAAUAGCCCUACUGGAACUUGGUUUUUAAAAUCAAUUGAUGCAUCUGAUACUAUAAAAAAUGGGGAGUUGAUGUUUAAUUAUCUUGAUAGUGUCGUAGAUGAAAUUGGGGAAGAUAAUGUUGUUCAAGUUAUUACUGAUAAUGCUUCAAACUAUGUCAAUGUCGGGUCGAGACUUAUGGAGAAAAGGAAAAAGUUGUAUUGGACUCCAUGUGCUGUGCAUUGUAUUGAUUUAAUGUUGGAGGACAUUGGAAAAUUGAAAGUUUGUGACCAAACUCUCUCGUUAGCUAGGCAAGUGGUCAAGUUUAUAUAUGGACAUUGUUGGGUUCUUUCAAUGAUGAGAUCAUUUACAAAGAACAGUGAACUACUCUGUCCAGCAGUAACACGUGUUUUGCGAGAAGUUGAUUCAGAGGAGAGGGCUGCUAUGGGUUACAUUUAUGAGUUGAUGGAUUUGGCUAAAGAAAAGAUUGCUUUCAGUUGUGGAGGAAAUGUUAGAAAGUACGGACCAAUUUGGAAUAAGAUAGAUUCAAGGUGGACACCACAACUUCAUAGACCUUUACAUGCUGCUGGUUAUUAUCUAAACCCUCAGUUGCGCUAUCGAGAUUCCUUCUCCAAUGUUGAGGAGGUGAGGCAAGGAUUGUAUCAGUGCAUGGAUAGAAUGUUGAGUUAUGAUGAGCGUCUCAAGGCUAAUAUCCAAUUGGACUAUUAUGAUCAAGCAAAAGGGGAAUUUAGAAGUCGUGUUGCAAUUGAUUCCAGAGUGAUACGCUUUCCCGGUAAGAAACUAAUAUGA